CAUCCAAACUUCUUGGACUUGCGACCAUUAAUUUAAAAGACUAAAAAGUCUUUAGCUUCAAGCUAUUUCAUUAGAAUUUGACUAAUAAAAAAAUCAAAGGUAGUUAAGUUCAUAAAAUGGCUGAUGCAAAAAUAGACACAAGUCGCCUUGAUGCUAAACCACAAAGUAUCAGCGAUGCAUAUGCAGUACCAGCUAAUUUUUUAGAAAUUGAUAUAACGAAUCCACAAACACACGGUGUCGGAAAGAAAAGAUAUUCAGACUAUGAAGUUCGUAUGAAGACAAAUAUUCCUAUUUUUAAACAAAAAGAAUCUUCAGUAAGAAGGAGGUAUAGCGAUUUUGAAUGGUUAAGAACAGAACUUGAGAGAGACAGCAAGAUUGUAGUUCCUACAUUACCUGGUAAAGCUCUGAAGAAAAUGUUACCUUUUCGAGGGGAUGAUGGUAUAUUUGAAGAUGAAUUUAUUGAAGAACGAAGACAAGGUCUUGAGGCAUUUAUAAAUAGAGUUGCUGGACACCCACUAGCCCAAAAUGAAAGAUGUCUUCAUAUGUUUCUGCAAGAACCAAUAAUUGAUAAAAACUAUGUUCCUGGAAAAGUACGAAAUGUAUAAAGUUAAUGACAUUGAUUCAAAACAAAAAUGAAUAAAAAAGAAACAAUACAAAGUUUAAAGUAUUUUAAAGAUUAGAUGCCAUCUUUUGAAAUCAUAUACUUUUUGAAAUGUUUAUUUUUUUCUUAACACUUAGUGAUUUCAUUAUUGAUAUUAACUCAGGUAUAAUAAUUUAUUUUCUUCCAUCUUUUUAAAUUUUUUUUAAUAUAUUGUAUAUUUUUUUCAAAGUGUGAAUAAUUUCCUUUAGAUGUUAAUUUUCCAUGAUUACUUGUGAUCAUUCAAAGUUAUUAUUUUUGAAAAUGAAAAUUGUAAAUUGAAUGUCAUUUUGAAAUAUAGCUUCUUUAUUUUCAUUUCUUGCAGAAAUUUAUAAUUUCUUUAUUUUCAUCUCUUUUACAUUUCUGAUCCUUGACUCAAAUUUUUGUAUUAUAAAAAAGCUUGUCAUUUUUUUUCUUAAAAGAAUUAUUUUUUAGAAUUAUAGUCACAUAUUUUCAUUUGUGUUUUGCAAUUAUUGUAUAAAAACUUUUUUCUGCAUUAUGUUACUUGUAAUAAAAUGAAGAGUAUUUGA